CUACUCCGAAUCGACUCAUCGCAACUGUUGGGGUGAUAACUCAAUGGCUAUAAAGGAAUUCGGUACGCAAGCUCCCUCUUGCAGAAAGUCAAGGCCUCUGGUUUUCUGGGCUUGUAUCCUCCACAAUUACUUCUUUUCGAUUCUUCGUCUCCGUCUUCGUCUACACUGACGUUUUAUCUGCUACCAUCUAGGUCGUGAUCAGACUCUUCAGUUGCUAUGCUCAACGCCUUCACCUAUGUCUGCUCGGCGAGGGAUCCACCAUUGACCUCAUUCUUUCAGCAAUUACUCAGUCCGAUCACACAUAAGCAGGCUUCCUUCUCACCCUCUCACCUUGCUCUAACAAGCCGAGUCCCUCUCCACUCAAGAAGUCAAACCCCACACGCACUCGACCAUCCGUCUUCCUCAACCUCCAACGCACCUCCACAUCCCCCAGCAACCAUGACAACGUCUCCCAAGCCCAAACCUAAACCCCAACAAAAAGACCAGGCCUCCCUCCCCUACACCUGGGACGCCGUAGCCGCCGCACUCACCCUCCCCUCCAGCGAAGAAGUCCCCGCCCUCAUCCUCUCCCCCUCCUUCCUCACUCCAUGGACCUACUUCCGCGACGCACUCCCCCUCACGCCCGGCAUCGCGCCCGCCCUCCACCCCUCCCCACCACAAGACAAAAAAGCCAUGCACUCGCUCGUCACGCGCAUCUACACCCAAAUGGACGCCCUAUCAACCUCUCCCUACGACCGCCCAACCCCGCAAGACCGCCAAUCCUGGACCGCAGCCCAGCACACAGAAUGCCUCCUCUACCAAGCCGCACGCAAUCUCGCUUCUCCGGCCCAGCCCUUCGCCACAGCCUUCGAGCGCAAGAACCUCAAGAACGAGAGCGGGCGGGCGAAAGCGCACGCGCGGCUGCGCGGGCUGGUCAUGCUGGUUGCGAAUCUGGCGACGAACUACACGGUCAUGGCGCCGAGUAGUGUUAUCAAGCGCAUUGAGGCGCUCAGGCCCGCGAGGGACCCGGAGCGCUCGCCGAUUCUGGAGGUGCGGGUUAAGUGGCGGCUCGAGCGGUUGGGGGUUGAGGAGCUGAGGAGGAGGGUGUUGGAUGGCGAGAGGGGCGGGAGGGGGGAGAGGGAGUGGUUGAUUGGGAUUUUGAUGGGGAAGGAGGGGUUGGAGGCGGGGGUGGGGAUUAAGAAUGAGAAUGGGGGGAGGAGUCAGAGUGAGAAGAGGGGUCGGGAAGACGACGAGGACGAGGAGGAGGCGAGUAAGAGGGCGAGGACGGUGUGAGUGUGACUGACGGUGGGGAGUGCGGGAGGGUGGCUGGGGGGCAUUGGCGUUCUGGGCUAGACAAAGCUGCUUCUUUUCGGUUUGCUCCUCUUUUUCUCUUCCUAGUCUCUGGAUUGCUCUACCAGAGCCAGGAGGACUUCAGUUGGGGAUCAAGGUUCCAGAUAAGUCCAGCCCAGAAGAAUUAAUCCAUCUCUACUCUCCCAGUAUAUACCCGCGAGGAUUCCACGAGACGCGCCCAGCACCCAAGCAUCCAUCACGCCGCCCUCGCAGUACCCAACAACGGCGCAACCCGCGUAAGCUGCUCGCCAGCC